AAGCAGGAGAGCAGAGGAACACGACUGUGAUCCUGAAUAAACUGUUUGAUCUGCUUCUGAAGAGCCAGAAAUCAGGAUCAUCAUGAAGAUCGUGCUGGUGUUCGUGGCCGUGAGCUUUAUUGCCCUCUCCUGUGCCGUUCCUGUUGAGGAGGAGCAUGAACGAGAGAAGCGCUCGUCCAGUGGUGAGCAGUUCAGAGGAUUCUUCCCUUCAUCCUACCCCACCUCAAACAAUGACUGGAUGAACAUCCUGAUGCCCCUGCUGAUAGCACGCUUUCUGGCCCCUGCUCCUGCCCCUGCUCCUGCCCCUGCCGCCGCCGCUGGAACAGGAAAAUAA